AGCUCCCCACUUCCCUCCUUGGCUCGUGCUGCCUUUUAAGCAAACGGACACAGUAGGCCAUCCCAGUCGGCCAAAGGACGGGACACGGUGAGGAGUUGCUGUGUUGCUCAUUCUACCCCCAUAUCCUGUCGUCACCCCCCAUGUCCUUGUAGUUUAGUUGCCUUUGUAUUAGUUCGUUUACACAGUUCUCCAGCUUCAGUCAUGUAUCGGUGUUUCGGGGAGCUGCUGAGCCGCUCUGCGGGCAGUGCCCUGGCCUCGGGGUGCGUUGACUCCGCUCUCCCGGUGUCCUCGUCCCUGAUGCGGGUCCGUCGUUACGCCGACGCGGCAGACAAGCCCGACGACCCCAACUUCUUCCGGAUGGUCGAGGGAUUCUUCGACCGCGGAGCCAGCAUCGUCGAAGACAAGCUGGUGGAGGACCUGAGGACCAAGGAGACCCCCGAGCAGAAGAAGAAACGUGUUGCGGGUAUCCUGCGCAUCAUCAAGCCAUGCAACCACGUCCUGAGCGUGAAUUUCCCCAUCAAGAGGGAUAACGGAGAGUGGGAGGUGAUUGAGGGGUACCGCGCCCAGCACAGCCAGAACAGGACUCCCUGCAAAGGGGGUAUCCGUUACAGUAUGGAUGUGUCUGUGGAUGAGGUCAAGCCUGCCUCUCUGAUGACCUACAAGUGCGCCGUGUUGGUAAAUGUGCCAUUUGGGGGAGCCAAAGCUGGAGUCAAGAUCAACACCAAGAAUUACUCUGUAAGCCGUCUAAUAAGAUUUACCAGGAGAUUCACUAUCGAGCUGGCCAAGAAGGGGUUCAUGGGACCUGGCAUCGAUGUCCCUGCCCCCGACAUGAGCACAGGAGAGAGGGAAAUGUCCUGGAUCGCCGACACAUACGCCAACACCAUUGCACACACUGACAUCAACGCCCACGCCUGCGUGACAGGAAAGCCCAUCAGCCAGGGAGGAAUCCACGGUCGUAUCUCCGCCACUGGUCGUGGAGUUUUCCACGGCAUUGAGAACUUCAUGAACGAGGCGUCCUACAUGAGCAUGGUAGGCCUGACACCAGGCGUCCAGGAUAAGACCUUCGUCAUCCAGGGCUUUGGUAAUGUGGGUCUUCACUCCAUGAGGUACCUGCACAGGUUUGGGGCCAAGUGUGUGGGCAUCGGUGAGAUUGAUGGAGCCAUCUACAACGCUGACGGCAUCGACCCCAAAGCGCUGGAGGAAUACAAACUGCAAAAUGGCACCAUUGUGGGCUUCCCAGGAGCCAAACCCUAUGAAGGGAGCAUUUUGGAAGCCGACUGCGACAUCCUGAUCCCUGCCGCCGGAGAAAAGCAGCUCACACGUAACAAUGCCCGAAGGAUCAAGGCCAAGAUAAUUGCUGAAGGUGCCAAUGGUCCCACCACCCCAGAUGCUGACAAGAUCUUCCUGGAGAACAACGUCAUGGUUAUUCCUGACAUGUACCUGAAUGCUGGCGGUGUGACAGUGUCUUACUUCGAGUGGCUGAAGAAUCUCAACCAUGUCAGCUAUGGAAGACUGACCUUCAAAUAUGAGAGGGACUCCAACUACCACCUGCUCAUGUCUGUGCAGGAAAGUUUGGAGAGGAAGUUUGGCAAGCAGGGGGGGCCCAUCCCUGUCGUACCUACUGCUGACUUCCAGGCCAGAGUUGCUGGUGCCUCUGAGAAGGAUAUUGUUCACUCUGGGUUGGCCUACACCAUGGAGAGAUCUGCCCGGCAAAUCAUGCGUACAGCAAGCAAGCACAACCUGGGCCUGGACAUCAGGACGGCCGCCUACGUCAACGCCAUCGAGAAGGUCUUCAAAGUCUACAACGAGGCAGGGCUUACCUUCACAUAAAUGGCCAAUUCCGACCCUCAAUUCCUCUCCCUGCCCUUACCCUCCUGAUAUUGAUCGCCCUCUCCUGCCUUCUUCCACCCUCUAAACAGCCUUCAGAACAUAUCAUUGUUUACUGCUGCUUUUUGGCUCUUCUACACACACGCGGACACACACACCACGAGACACUGGCUAGCCUGCUAUAUACCUUGUGAUCUUUGUGCUGCCAUUAUACUGUAUCUGCAUCUCUGUUCAAACAUUGCCCUGUUCUGUUUUUUUGCCUGAGUUUAUAUUAAGAAAAAACAGAGAGAGAGAAAGUGAAAUGCUGAUCCUCCCUCUGCCCCCAUAUAUAAACGAUGAUAUUGUUGUAUGGCAGCCAUGUUCAGAGCGCCCAUUUUGUGAUGGCUGAGUGUAGGUGUGACCCUCAGGUGACAGCACUACAGAUGCCUUAUUUCAGAGAGUUCGGCCCCUUAAAGUUAAUUUCAAUUAUAAGGGAUAUACAUUUAACUUAAUAUGAAUAAAAUAAUAAUUGUAUUACUCUAGGUUUGUUGUCUCACUCUUCAGGUGUAAAGAUUAGUAGUCAAGUUGCCAAGAUUAAGAUUCCCAACAAGAUUUUUUGUUAUUUCAUAGUUGGUGUUUUUACUGUUCGAGAUUUGACAGAUGCUCAUCUCCCCUUUUUUCCUGUUCUCUCGUUGCUUUGUCUCGUAUUAAAAGCCGCUUCUUCCCGACUCCUCCACUAGCCUGGACAGGGGAGCAGGGAGGGCGAGGUGUUGCUGUGAGCGCCCACCCCCUGGUUGAAUUCUCCUCAGUUUUAGCUGUCCAGGUCCUUGACAAUGAAAUUAUUUUGGAGGAAAUGACUUUAUAUUUUUGUUUUAUUCAUUUUUUUGGAAACCAAUAAAAUGUUCAGACAAAGA